UUGCGUGAUGACAUUUUCACGCACAACGACGACUUUUCCAUCUCCAGCUCCCAGCCAUCAGUCAGUCAGUCAUCCAAUCCUCCAUCAGUUCCCAUCAGUGUGCUUUUUCUGCUGCCGUGAAUCGUGAUUGAUUGCGUUUACGUUCGCGUUAUCGCGGUGGUGUAUCCACAAGUUUCUCGGGUAUAUUUUUUCACGGAUAAACUGUGCGGAGCCACCGUGCGGAAGAAAUCCGUGACCUCCGAGGCGUCCGAACAGGACACAGACCCCAUCGCGUUUCGGCUGGACGGGAAGUGAAAAAGUAUUUUUGCUCUGCAGUUCUCUGUGUUUGCUUUGUGCCUACCAUCCGUUAAGGAAAAAAAGAAACUCGAGCGAAUUCGUUCCCCGAUAAGAAAAAGGGCACAGCAGAAAAAAAAGUGGUUAUCAUCCGAGCAGUGUGAGUCAUCCUUGGUCCUCUUAUCCGCGGAGGAUAUCGGUGGACGACAUCAGUGUGAAUGCAGUUUUGCGUAAUUAUCUAUUAUCAUUCGUUUGGGUGAAAAAAGGAAAAUGUUGUGGCGUAGCAAUUGGCGAUUAAAAGUUGAGGUUAUGUCGUGAAAAUUUGGAAGUUUGAAAGGGAAAUACCAGUUCUCUAUCAGUUUAAUCAUUAGUUUUUUGGUAAAUUUAUCGAUAAAAUGAAUUUUUCUACCCCGAUCCCACAUUGAAUUUUAUCUGAAACGACUCAAUCACUAAAAUACGAAAUGGGAUUUCACAAAACUUAACCUCACUUUAGGAGGCCAAUAAUUAAAGCAAAACUGGGUGCUGUUCUCUACGUAUAAAACGCGGAAGGAGAGGAGGCGGUGGAGGUUGGAUAUUUUCGCGUUUGGGAAAGAAAGAAGGCCGAGGAAGGAAGAAAACAAACACGGUGGAAAAAGAGAAACAGUUCAACAUACAGGCGAACAUAAAAUAGAAACGGGAGCAGCACGGAUAAAUCAUAGCCAGAUUUGCCUUUAGUGACGUUACAUUGAAGCUUUCCUGGGGGAGGGCGUUUUGUGUGAUUCGGACAGGAAACAAACGGGGGAAGCAAUGAAAAAGUUUAUCUCCAAGUUCGAAAACAAGAAUGAGGCAACGCCAAGCAAGGAAACGAAUAGUUUUGUCGGAAAGACAUUCAAACUGAGCAGGGAAAAUGUGGUGACAGUGGAAGAAGUACUGGCGGAGGGUGGAUUUGCGGUGGUUUUUCUAGUCAAGGGCCAUAAUGGCCAGAGGUAUGCGCUGAAGCGGCUGUACGUAAACAACGAACAUGACCUUGGUGUAUGCAGUCGGGAAAUAAAGAUAGCCAGCAACCUUAGCGGCCACAAGAACAUAAUCGGAUACAUUGACCAUAGUAUUAAUCCCAAGGGAAAUGGAGUUCACGAGAUCCUGCUGUUGAUGCCUUAUUGCAAGACCAAUUUACUAACGCUGAUGAAUGCAAGGAUUCCGAAUGGUUUCAAUGAGCAAGAUGUUCUCCAGAUAUUCUGUGAUGUGGCAGAGGCCGUCGCUCGGUUGCAUCAGUGUCAAACUCCGAUCAUUCAUCGAGAUUUGAAAGUGGAAAACAUCCUCCAAAACGACAUCGGAAAUUUUGUGUUAUGUGAUUUUGGGUCGGCGACCGCCCGUGUAUUGAACCCCAACACCCACGGGAGAACGCUGGUGGAAGAGGAAAUUCAAAAAUACACAACGCUCUCAUACAGGGCGCCCGAAAUGAUCGAUCUCUUCUCGGGACAAGAUAUUACCGUAAAAGCGGACAUUUGGGCUCUCGGAUGCCUGCUCUACAAACUAUGCUUUUUUACGCUACCCUUCGGGGAAAGCGCACUUGCUAUCCAAAGUGGUCACUUCAGUAUUCCCGACAACUCCAAAUAUUCCAAGGAAAUCCACCAACUCAUCCGAUACAUGUUAGAACCGGACAUAGAAAAGCGCCCCAACAUCUAUCAAGUGUGCGAAGUAGCAUUUAAAAUUGCUGGAAAAACCAAUCCGGUACGGAACCUAACCAAAUCGACCGUUCCUGGAUUGGAAUUCUUGAUCGUUCCUCCGUACGAAAGCGAAACAAAACGCAUUCCAUCAGCCAUGGGUGCCAACGCAAAACCAUCAAAACAACCAGUCGCAUCAGUUUUGGAAGGUGGAACAUCUGUUGCACCUCGUCAAAGACCGAAGGCUUCCCAAAAUUCGGCCAAUAAUAGCUUCUCCUUAGGGCUCCCUUUAAACCCUUCUCCGAAAAAUAUUCUUUCGUCACCCACUCCCGGUGCAGCUCCGUCAAUUCCUCACGACCAACAAACAGGUCCUGCUAUGGCACCUCCUCAAGCUGAGCCAUUCGUGGCCAAAUUUAGCGCCAAUUUUCCCCCGCCACCGGCGCAGGAAAUUCAAACUAGUAAUCUUUUUCAAACGACUUAUCCAGACCCGUUUCGAGAAGUUGAUUCUCUCCCAGAAGGUGCCGCUUCCCAUCCUGAACCUAACGUUCCAACCUGCGACUCUUCAGCAUCUUCAUCCGUUCUGCAGUCACCUAGUCACGCUCCGGCUUCAUCCCAAUCGGGAACCCCACAAGGCGGCACUGGAAGUGGAACCAGCGUGGCUGGCUCCCUGCUUCCUUCCAAACAGACCAUAGUUGGCCACCGGCGUAAUAUGAGUGAUACUUCAGCAUUUAACAAAGCCUACACUACAGAAACCUCCCAGUUCUUGGCACCGUACGACGUAUCGUCCAACAAUUACCAACCGCCGUCAAAUGCACUGGGAAACAACGGUUCCGAGCAAAACCUUCAUUCCAUUCCGGCCACCUUUGAAUCGCGCUCCUCAAAUCCUCAGCUGAAUCCAACCGGCACCCAGCAGCAACCGUGGAACCCAUUCGGCGAUCCAACCCCCUUUAGUCAGAUGACAGAAGACCACAUCUUCGGCGAAGAAUUCGACAAAAUACGACAGCAAGGCUCCCAAGGCAGCCUGAAAACUCCACCGGAAUCGACCUCUCGGCAUCCCUCACUCCCUCAGGUGCAACCCAUCAUGACCCAGCCGAUUGCCACUCAUCCUCUCCAGGCCCAAUUUUCCCCGGAGAACAUCCCCCCUGAUACUCCGGAGGACGAUCCAUUCAGUUCGGCUCCUUUCUCUCUACCCGUCCGAGACAAGAAUCGAUCCCUCAAACUGGGCUCCAAAAGGAUAAUCGUCAUCGACGGCGGUUUCUCCACCCAACUGGCCACCCACGUUGGUCAGGCCGUCGAUAAAGAUCCUCUCUGGAGCUCCCGCUACAACGCCACCAACCGUGGCGCCGUACUGGCCACCCACCUGGACUUCCUGCGGGCCGGAGCGGACUGUAUUCUCACCAACACCUAUCAGGCCUCCAUUGAAGGUUUCAUGGAUUUCCUCGACCUUAGCGAGGAGGAUAGUCUGAGGCUGAUUAAAUCCACGGUAGAACUGGCCAAAUUGGCCCGGACCCAAUACCUCGAAGAAAAACGUGACAACAAAUCCCACAAAAUCCCAUGGGUAGUAGGAUCGAUCGGCCCCUACGGAGCGCAUUUGCACGAUGGUUCCGAGUAUACCGGAAGCUAUGCCGACACGGUCCCUUUCGCCCGGAUUCAAAAUUGGCAUCGGCAGCGAAUCAACGCUGUCAUUGAGGCUGGGGUCGACGCAUUGGCCAUCGAAACCAUUCCCUGUCGGGUGGAAGCGGAUGCCUUGCUGGAGCUGAUGACCGCCGAGCACCCGACAGUUCGAUUUUGGAUUUCAUUCCAGUGCAAAGAUGGGGCCACUCUGGCACACGGUGAAAGUUUCGCUGAAACGGCCAUCGGAUUGUGGAGCAAGGCACGGGCCCUGAAGAAUCCUAAUCUGCUGGCGGUGGGAGUGAACUGUGUCCACCCUCAGUACGCCAUUCAACUGCUGAAGACAGUUAACGAGCGAAGGCCCGACGAGGACAAGAUUCCGCUGAUAGUGUAUCCCAACUCGGGCGAAAUCUGGAAUGCCGGUUCGUGGACCGGGCAGGAAGAGUGCAUUCCGCUGGAGACGUUCGUGCCGCAGUGGAUCGAGCUGGGAGCCAAGUUCGUCGGGGGAUGCUGCCGAACCAAUGCGCGCGACAUUAAACGCAUCAAGAAAACGGUGCUGAAUCUGUACGGGGGUCGGAGUGCAUAGGAGCAGGAGACCGAUGACACCGAGGAAGCUGCUGGCAAGCUAUGAUCGGGUAGUCGUCUGUUUUCUUGUUGUAGCGCCAAUGUAUUCACGAUCGACAAUAUUGCAAAGCAUGAAUAACGCAGCUAAUGGAAUCUGUCAAUGAGGGAAGAGGUACUACACACUGGAAGCAUUACAUCAAGAUGUUUAACGAAGAGCAUACCUAGCAGGUACCACUUUAAUUCACCAUCACUUUACACGACGCUAGUGAUCGCUGAGUGAUUGCACUCACGUAAUGUUCAUCACACCACUUGAGCAACACUGUGUGUAGUUUAUCACCAACCAGCGUAGAACAGUGCACAGACAAAAAUUGCACACCUCCGAUGGAACAAUUGGGCGCAGGAUGUGGACAGCCUAAACAAAGUUGAAGAAGCCUAUACUUGAUAAGAUUAGAUUCACAUUGUUACAUCACAAAACGUGGAAUUUGGCACAAUGUGAAUUGAACCUUAGAAGCCAAUGUGAGCCACUUCGUGUGUGAUUGUAUAGCAUUCGAAUAGAUAUAUUUUUUUUCCAAGAAUGAAAUAUGCAAUCGUGAAACUGUAGUGUACAUAUGCUUAUUACAUAGACUUAUAUUAUGAAUUCCAAAAGCAGAGGUAAACCAUAUAUAUAUUUACACAUUUGUUGUUCCUGUUUUAUGCCACUUUUGCGCUCUAUAAAUUGUAAUUGUUAGCAACUUAAAAACACAGCAAAAAAUGUCCAACUAAUUCGAAUGCAAUCCCAUUUACAGGGUCAUAUCAUUAUCGUAAAGCAGGCGUCAUUCAAUAAAAUUGAUUUUUUUUUAUUUUGAUUUCAGUGACAAACGUAUUUUUAUUGUAUUGUUCAUUAUGGAUAUUUUUUUCGCAACGAAAAUUACCGUUACUUUCUUUACUAAUUUUCUGUAGUAAAGUGGGUGGUAUAGCGGAUUCGGAUUCAACUGUGUUUCACAUUUUUAUGCAAAUUUUCUUGAUCAAACCUUCAGGGUCUGUUCCAAUUGGAGAAUUAAAAUUAAUUUUCACUUAAACUUGACAGUGCGAUAAUUAUUUCCUUAGGAGAACUGUCAAGUUUACAGGGCCCAUAUAGCCGAGGCGGUAAACGCACGGGUAUUCAGCAUGACCAUGCUGAGGGUGACGGGUUCGAUUCCCGGUCGGUCCAGGAUCUUUUCGUAAAGGAAAUUUCCUUGACUUCCUUGGGCAUAGAGUAUCUUCGUGCCUGCCACACGAUAUACGCAUGCAAAAUGGUCAUUGGCAGAGGAAGCUCUCAGUUAAUAACUGUGGAAGUGCUCAUAGAACACUAAGCUGAGAAGCAGGCUUUGUCCCAAUGAGGACGUUACGCCAAGAAGAGAGAGAGAGAACUGUCAAGUUUAGGUGUUGAACUGUCAAAUUUGAGUAAAAAUUAUUUUUAAUUCGCCAAUUGGGACAGACCCUCAGUAUACAAACGAUAUUCUGUCAGAAAUAUACUGCCUUGAAUCACAAGUAAUUAUUUACAUCUGCAUUUUGAUCAAAAUUGAGUUAAUCGCAAUUCUCAAAGUAUCUAUUUCUGGAUUAUUUAGCUGCACAAAAGCAAUAACAUGGUUUGUACAGUAAAAUUGAAAAACGAGUCUAUAACAUUCCCCAGAAAACCCUUCCCCAGAAUACCAAUCCCCAGAAUUCCAUUCCCCAGAAAACCAUUUUCCAGAAUGUACCAUUCCCCAGAAUGUACCAUUUCCCAGAAAUCCAUUCCCCAGAAAUACAUUCCCCAGAAUGCACCAUUCCCCAGAAAUCCAUUCCCCAGAAUGUACCAUUCCCCAGAAAAGCUUAAUAUACUCUGCUAAAAAGUUUAAUUCGAUACACAAACAGUAAAAUGUUGAUCAUAAUGAUAUGUUAUACCCCGGACAGACAUGUGAUACGAGUAUGAUUCCUGUACAACGGUACACAGUGUCAAGAAAAUUCUAACAAGACUGACUUGAACUGAGAGAAUUUUCAGUAUGGCACUCAUUUCAAGCGCAAUUGUACAGUGAUUCUUGUAUCACAUGUGUGUCAUAAGUAUUAUAUGCAAGGAUUUUAACAUUAUAGUGUUAUUACGAGCAAAUAUCUAUUUCUUAUACGGUAUAUGUAACAAAUUAAGGUAAAAAUGUAUACAUACAUACAUAUCCAUAAAAAUAUUCUAAAAUGGUUCAAACGUUUAAUUACCAUUGUAUUAUCAUUCCAGUUGCGUUGCUAUAAAAUGUUUUGUUUUUGACAGAUUUGUGAAAAUUGUGCAGCACUUGUUUUACGAUGAAUAACGUUUUAAAAGUGAUGUGCAAAAUUUACAGAGAAAACGCAUAUUCUUCUGAUGUGGUUCAGCGUACAAGAUACUAAAUACUCAACUGACCACGCUUUUCUUUGCAAACGGUUGGAGGGAUCCAUCCCAAUGGCUGUUCCUAUGAUCCUAAAUAUUCGCUUCAAAGGCUCUUCAUUCAUGCGGUAUGAGAAGGGCUUUCAUCAUUAUUCCAAUACUAUGGAAUGGAAUAGAAAAAGUGAACAUAUAAGCAGUUUUAAUGCCAACAAUUCUAAAUAUUUUUAAUGAAGAAGGGAAAAAGUAUCAUUGUUUUCCUUUUGGCCAUACGCGCCAACUUGUGACGUAGUUGGGGGGGCGAGGCCUCUCAAAACCAAUCAAAUACGGAAUAUUUUGACGCAGUUCAUCUAGUUUCGGCAUAUUUACGUAAAAACUAGUGCAUUGAGCUGAAAAAAGAUGCAUUUUUUCCAAUUUUGGAGAGCUUCGCCCCCCCAACUACGUCACAAGUUGGCGCCUAUGCUUUUGGCAUUCAAAAACCCAACAAUGUUCCUUCUUUUUAAACAAUAUUCUUUUUAAAAUUAAGGCAAUUAGUAUUUUUUUUUUAAAUUAUAACUGCUUACAUUUUCAACAUAGAUUCUCCCUCCUUUUCUACAUAGGCUGUUCUUUCGAAUUGCACUUUUGAGGAAAUUAUGGGCAUUAUUACAACCACCGGUGUUAAAUUGCUGUUAUACAUAUUUAUUAUAUAUUUUUUUUAAAUUUCUAAACACCUGUGCUUGUGGUGCCGAUUGUAAAGCCUAAACAUUGUAACUCAAAAAAAACAGCCUAUGUAGAAAAGAAGGAAAAAUCUAUGAUGAAAAAGUAAGCAGUUGUGAUGCCGAUAAUUUCCUGAAAAGUGCAAUUCGAAAGAACAGCCUAUGCAGCAAAGAAUUCCAAUAAUUGUACCAAUUGCCUAAAUUCUAAAAAAAAGCUUGUUUAAAAAAAAAGGAACAGUGUUGGGUUUUUGAAUGCCGCAAGGAAAACAAUGUCACCACAGACAAACAGACGUAACACUUCGAACAUUUUUCGAUUUAAAUUUUAGUCUCGGAAAUAGGUUCGCUUAAUUCUAAAAGGACUGAAUUUGGCCAAUCAUCAACUAGGUGGCAGUAGUGAGCAAACGUCAAACUCAAACAAAAACUAUGCGAGCGCCGCGAAUUGGCAGUUGGUCAACUCUCAAAUUUUCAAAUCAACCGUUAAAUCGAUGUACGAUAGCAAUUAUCAGAGUGUUACGUUUCCUUCUUCGUUAAAAAAAAAUGUUUGAGUCGUUAUAAGAAUUGUUGGCAUUACAACUGCUUAUAUGUUUAUCAAAAAUUUUCCCUUCUUUUGCAUAGGCUGUUCUUUCCAGUUGCACUUUUCAAGAAAUUAUCGGCAUUGCAACUGCUUACUUUUUUAACAUAGAUUCACCCUUCUUUUUUGCAUAGGCUGUUCUUUCUAAUUGCACUUUUCGGGAAAUUAUGGGCAUUACAGCCUCCACCGAUGUUAAAAUUAUAUUUAUUUCAUAUUUUUUUCGAAAUUUCUAAACACCUGUGCUUGUGGUGCCGAUUAUUACCUGAAUAGUGUAACUUGAAAGAAUAGCCUAUGCAGAAAAGAAGGAAAAAAACUAGGUACGUAGAAAAUGUAAGAAGUUUUGAUGCCGAUAAUUUACUGAAAAGUACAAUUCGAAAGAACAGCCUAUGCAGAAAAGAAGGAAAAGUGUAUGUUGAAAAAGUAAGCAGUUGCGAUGCCAAUAAUUAUACCAAUAGCCUAAAUUGUAAAGGCAAAUCAUGCUUAUUUCCGAAGUUUUUCUUGUCAAAUAAGAAUUUUUGGCAGGAUGUUUCUUCCGGUGAUUUUUUACGAAUAAAUAUUUGAUUUUUAGCUAUUAAUAUAAACCAUUCAGAAUUAAAGCAAUAGUUUUAUUUUUUUUCUGGAGAAUGGUACAUUCUGGGGAAUGGUACAUUCUGGGGAAUGGGUUUCUGGGAAAUGGUUUUCUGGGGAAUGGUACAUUCUGGGGAAUGGAUUUCUGGGGAAUGGUACAUUCUGGGGAAUGGGUUUCUGGGAAAUGGUUUUCUGGGGAAUGGAAUUCUGGGGAUUGGUUUUCUGGGGAUUGGUUUUCUGGGGAAUGGUUUUCUGGGGAAUGUUAUAGAAUCUUGAAAAACAACUCCAAGUCAAAUUGUCCAAUAAUGAUGAGUAAUCGCAAUAAGAUCUACUAUUGAUUUUCUAACCUUAUAAUGCAAAACAGUUUUUUUAGCCAGUCGUGCAAAUUAUUUUGAUAAAGUCUCAUGACACGCAUCGUAUUUUUCAUGUCUUGAGAACUUCCGAAGUUUUCCCAUCUCCCAAUGCCUCAUUUUUAUGAUUACAGAUUUAACAUAUUUGCAGUUCAAGGCCGUAUAUGAAUCAUACGAAAGAAGCUAAAAGAAGAUACAUUAUGUAGUAGGAAAAUCAAAGAUAGAUUCAGAUCAGCUCUGUAUAUCUGUAGAAUUUUAUAUGUUUCAAUAAUGUUUUUGAAAUUUCGACAGAACUUCAAACAAAUUGAGUUUUCUGGUUCAAUUUCAGGAAAAUCUGAUACGAUUUUCCAAACAAUAAAACGUGAUAAAACAGUUAAAAAAUCUUUUGAGAUUCGAAACCAUCAAUCGAAUCUUUAAAAAUUCGUGAAAUACUUUCAGUAUUGAAGUCAGGUCAAGAUUCUUAUGUAGAAUUUCGAAAUGAGUGAAAGUUCGUAAACUUUAAUUUGUUAUAACCAUUAAGGUAAUUGUGCAGCAAAAUCUGAGUUGUCAGAGACUUCAUAAAAUUCAUUCUGGCGAAUGUCGUGUGUGUAAUUCAAUAGGGCUGCGAACAUUAGUACCAAUCAACUACAAAAAAAUCAUUCACUUAUCGUCUGCAAACAAAGUCGACGGCAUUGCUAAUCGGAGGCAAUAAAAUGGCUAUUAUCUGGCGAACAUCGGUCGAUUGGAAAACUGUAUAAACUCACUCUUUCCUAUGACAAAGCAUAUGACAGAAGCACUACUUAUCCGCGUUCUUUUUAUAUUACAUCAUAACCCUCUUCACACUCACAUCUCUGUCUUUCCCUUAUCUAGUCUUCUUCAUUAGUGAGUUCAGCCGGGCAUGCUAAGCCCGCGUGUGAACCAAUAGUGUUUAAAUUUAGUGGCAGAAACAUAUUCGUUAUUAUAGUCUUUAAUGCACCUAUCCGUGGUGUUAGUUGUUUUGUUAAUUGCAUUUGUUUUUCUUCGUCAUAACUAUUUUCCAUUUUAGUUUUGUAAUUGUACAUACAUUAUAGUAAUUUAUAACACCUAAUGCGUUUAUCAUUUGUCUCCUCUAUUAGUAUCACACAGUGAUGGUACAUAGUAGAAAUUAGACAAAAAAAUCACAGAAGAGAUAUUUAUACACAAUAACCACAAAAGUCUAAUUGUCGUUGUUGCUGCUUGCUAGGCAGAAAAAAAAAUCAAUUGUCAUGCGAAACACUGGUAAAACGCUUGUUCUCAAUAUUUAAAUUGGUUGAUAGUAAAUUCGAAUCAAGCUCAAUCGAAGAUAAGGGACAAACCAUUGUACGCGUCUAUAAUUAGGUACAGAUAUACCAAGAUCCAUGAACCGACGAAAACUGUGAGGCUUUUAUGAACAAAAAGAACGAUCAAAAUCACAUAAAACUUUCUAGUAUUAUAGACAAUUUUGCAAAUUUUUUAUCCUCUAUAAAAAAUCAGAAAUAGAUGAUUGGCUUGCCCUUUUUUGAUUGAUUCAUAUGGAUUAAAAAAAAAAUGAAAUUAAAUUUAACUACCUACCCUACAAAAAUUUAACUGUUGAAGCAUAAGAGUUAGUCGAACACACAACAUAAAGGCAGUUUCUUGAUAUUGUUGAUUAGAAUCCAAUCUUAUCGGAACAAACGCCCGAAUGGGUCGUAAGAUACACCUACCAUUACCUAACCUAAUACUAAAACCUUAACCUGAUAUGCCUAUUUUAAUAGUGCGAUAGCAAACACGAAACAGCCCGAAAUGAGAGAUAAUGAUAAACGUCGACAAUGAAGCACAGAAGCAACAUGAACCAAAAACUAAAAGUGAGAUACAGUGGAUAUGUGUACCGUACGGCGAAAGAUGAAACACUAAACAAACAGCAAUUACAAAUCUAUAAUUAUAUGCAACACAAAACAGAGACAGAAAAAAACAGUGACAGGAAACGAAGAACCGAUAUAUUAUGAGAAUGUAAUAAAUUAUUUCAGCAAAGCGAAAA